AUGCAGCUCAUUGCUCAACUCGCUUCCUUGGCCCUCCUUCUGAAGGUUGUUGUCGCCGAGAACGUCGUUGACACUGGAGACGUCCCGUCAGCCUGUCGAUCCGACUCAAACUGCCAGCAGGUCUUUACCAUUGGCACUACUUGCGACGACCAGACUCGCAACGAGUCCGACUACAACAACUGCGUCUGCGGUACUUCCAAUGCGCAGUCCAUUCUCAACACCUGCGCCAUCUGCGUCUACAACAACGAAGACCGGGACGAUGAUGACCGAGUCGACAAUGAUGUGACCGAGUUGAUGCGUACAUGCGGCUGGACUUUGGAUCUGGCCGCCGCUACCACUUCUACUUCCGGGUCCAGCUCGACCACUUCUACCACUACACCCACGCCAACAGUUGCGACAAUUACAACCUCUGGCACCACGCUCGUGACCACGCAGACCCCUUCCAUUACUGCUGGUAGCGCUUCUUCGUCCACCACGCCUAAUGCUGCGUCUGUCCCAACAGCUGCAGCUGCAAACGUGCUUGCCGGCGCUUUCUUCGCGCUGGCAAUGAUCUAA